CGGCCGUGCGGGCGGCAGAGCGGCCGCGGUCCCGCCGCUCGAUGCCCUCAGCGCCGUCCGUGCCCCCGCUCCCGAGGAAGGAAGAAGAAUGUCCCAGAAAGAGCUGAAAGAAGCUUUUAUCAGCAACCUGAAUGGAACGAGUUUGCUGGAAAUUUCCGCAGGCUUGUCCCUGCCUCCACUGUGCCUGCUCUGCAGAGGGCUCCUCCUGAUCCUGUACUACCUGCACCAUGGAAAACCUGUAAGCUCAAGGAAGUACAGCCUGCUGCUAGACUUCUUGGUGCUGGUGUCUCCUCUCCUGUUCUCCUGCACUGUCUUGUCUCCUGUCAUCUUUUUCAUACCGGUUAUCCUCGCUGCCUUCUGUGCCGGAAUAUUUUCCAAAAUAUACAGCCAGAGCAAACGGGAGGCCAGAGUACCCUUUGGGCAAAUUGUAAAAGAAUUCCAGAAGACAUGCUUGGACCCCGAGUGCAUUCCAGCAAUAACUGUGUUCCGUGUUUAUGUCAACGUGCUGACAUCCAUCAGCAUUCUGGCCGUGGAUUUCCCGCAGUAUCCCCGGCGAUACGCCAAGGCCGAGACCUACGGCACCGGAGCCAUGGAUUUGGGGGUGGGAGCCUUCAUCUUUGGAAACGCUCUCGUUUGCCCUGAAGUUCGGCAGAAGCCUCACACGACACAGCCCAGAUUCUCCGGCCUGGCCAGGCAGGUGUUUUCCGUGUGGCCGCUGAUUUCCCUCGGCGUUGGGCGGCUGCUGAGUGUUAAAUCCAUCGAGUACCACGAGCACACCUCGGAGUACGGCGUGCACUGGAACUUCUUCUUUACCUUGGCACUGGUGAGACUCGCAGCAUCUCUGCUUUUAGCCAUAUUCCCCAAACAUAAGGCUUGGCUGGUGGCUCUAGCCAUGGCUGUGCUUUACCAGCUCCUCCUCAGCGCUACCUCUCUGAAGACAUUCAUCCUGCACGGGAGCGACGGCAGGGGCUCCCGGCUCGGCUUCCUCGAUGCCAACCGGGAAGGGCUGCUCUCCCUCUUUGGCUACCUGGCCAUCUACCUGGCGAGCGUGCAGGUGGGGCUGUGGCUGCUGCGGCGCAGGAGCUCGGUCAGGGGCUGGCUGGAAGCCCUCGGGGGGCUGGCCCUGGCCGUCCUGCUGCUGUCGGUGCUGCUGCAGCUGUGCCAGGCGUGCACGGAGCCCGUGUCGCGCCGCCUGGCCAACCUGCCCUUCUGCACCUGGGUGCUCGCCCACUGCCUGCUGCUGCUGGGCUUCUUUCUGCUUGCCGACCUCACCUUGGUGUUCGCCAAGCUGCUGGUCAAGGGCUCCAGCGUGCCCUGCUGCUGGGAGGUUGUGCAGCUCCCUGAAUCCGGGAAAAAGCGCGGAAUGCAGGCCGGGCGGGUGGGAAGGCAGGACAAGCUGUCACAGCUAUGCCUCAUUAGCGCGAUUAACAAAAAUCAAUUACUGUUUUUCUUGCUAGCGAAUGUUCUGACUGGUGCUGUGAACAUCCUGAUAGACACAAUCCACAGCAAGGCUGCCUUAACAUUGUGCAUACUGCACUUGUACAUGUUUUUUAACUGUUUAAUUAUGGAUGUAUUGCAUGCCAGAAAUAUAGUAUUAAAGUUUUGGUGAUUCCA